AUGGGCCGCAACCGCCGCCCCUCUUCUCCUUCCUCCCGUGCGCCGCGACGACCCCACCGUCUCCUUCUCCCUUCCCUUCCGUUUCCUUCCCGCCACAGCCCAGCCGCAGCCAGCCGUCUUUCUCUUCCGUUUUCUUCCCGCCGCAGCCCGCGAUCUGCCGUCUCCAUCUCCAGUUCGCGAAGCAACCUUGCAGCAGUCGUCCCGCGUGCCGAUCUGCCGUCUCCAUCGCCGGUUCUGUCUUCGUCGAAGCCCGAGCCGCCGUGUGAACCAGUAACUGCCACGUCCGCCGCUCACAACCGCCGUGAAGCCAGCCGCGCAACCUUCGUUCCAACCGCUGCACUGCCGCGCGAUUCUCCGGCCACGUCUUCUUUAGCCGACCGAUGA